GCGCUCCGGGUGCACGAUGAUGGUGGCGGCGGCGCCCGGCGGCGGCGCGUAGAAAAUGGCGGAUUUCGAGGAGCUGCGGAAUAUGGUAUCAAGUUUUCGUGUUUCUGAACUGCAAGUGUUGCUGGGGUUUGCUGGACGUAAUAAAAGCGGGCGCAAACAUGACCUUCUGAUGAGGGCACUGCACUUACUGAAGAGCGGCUGCAGCCCAGCAGUUCAGAUCAAAAUCCGGGAACUCUAUAGGCGUCGCUAUCCAAGGACGAUUGAGGGGCUGUCGGAAUUAUCGGCUAUAAAACCUGCGGCGUUCAACUUGGAAAGCAGUUCCUCUCCAGUCGAGCCUGACUUGGCUGUCGCGGGCAUUCACCCACUCCCUGCGACUUCAGUCACACCUCAGUCUCCAUCCUCACCCGUCAGCUCCGUGCUUCUCCAAGACACUAAGCCUCACUUUGAGAUGCAGCAGCCAUCCCCUCCGAUUCCACCUGUUCAUCCUGAUGUUCAGCUGAAAAGCUUGCCUUUUUAUGAUGUGCUCGACGUGCUCAUUAAACCCACCAGUCUAGUACAGAGCAGUAUUCAGAGGUUCCAGGAGAAGUUUUUUAUCUUUGCUUUAACACCUCAGCAGGUCAGAGAAAUCUGUAUUUCCAGGGACUUCUUGCCUGGAGGCAGGAGAGAUUACACAGUCCAAGUUCAGCUAAGGCUAUGCCUAGCAGAGACAAGCUGCCCUCAAGAGGAUAAUUAUCCUAAUAGUUUGUGCAUUAAAGUAAAUGGGAAGCUGUUCCCGUUGCCAGGAUAUGCUCCGCUACCAAAAAAUGGAAUUGAACAGAAGCGACCUGAGCGUCCCUUGAAUAUCACAUCUCUAGUUAGGCUGUCAUCAGCAGUGCCAAACCAGAUUUCCAUUUCUUGGGCUUCUGAAAUUGGAAAGAACUACUCCAUGUCUGUGUAUCUGGUUCGCCAGCUCACCUCAGCUAUGCUUUUGCAGAGGUUAAAAAUGAAAGGUAUCAGAAACCCUGAUCAUUCCAGAGCACUAAUUAAAGAAAAACUAACUGCAGAUCCUGAUAGUGAGAUUGCCACAACCAGUCUGCGGGUCUCUCUGAUGUGUCCUCUGGGAAAAAUGAGACUGACAAUCCCAUGCCGUGCUGUGACUUGCACACACCUGCAAUGUUUUGAUGCUGCUCUUUAUCUUCAAAUGAAUGAAAAGAAGCCUACCUGGAUCUGCCCUGUCUGUGACAAAAAGGCAGCUUAUGAGAGCCUAAUACUAGAUGGCCUCUUUAUGGAAAUCCUUAAUGAAUGUUCUGAUGUGGAUGAGAUCAAAUUCCAGGAAGAUGGCUCCUGGUGCCCCAUGAGGCCAAAGAAGGAAGCUGUGAAAGUGUCCAGUCCACAGUGCACCAAAAUAGAAAGUUCCAGUGUUGUUAGCAAGCCAUGCUCCGUGACAGUGGCCAGUGAGGUAAACAAGAAGAAGGUUGAUGUUAUCGACUUGACUGUGGAAAGCUCUUCUGAUGAAGAAGAAGAUCCUCCAGCCAAAAUGAAGUGCAUGUUUAUGUCUGAAAUACACGGAAGCCCAACCAAAGGGGUUCUCAUGUAUCAGCCAUCUACUGCCAGUGUGCCCAGCGUGACGACGGUCGAUGCUGCUGCUAUUCCUCCUUCAUUAACAGACUACCCAGUACCAUUCCAUCACCCACCAAUAUCCAGUAUUUCAUCAGACUUGCCAGGUCUGGAUUUUCUUUCACUAAUCCCAGUUGAUUCACAGCAGUACUGUCCUCCUAUGUUUUUGGAUAGUCUCACCUCAACCUUAACAAGCAGCACACCUGGCAGCAUCAUCACCUCCACCAGCCACCAGGAGAGCAGCACACACGUUAGCUCCUCGGGCCGGGCCGAGGCCGGCGUCAUCACCAGCAGCGGUGGCAGCGGCAGCGCGCCCGACAUCAUCUCCCUGGACUGACCCUCGGGGCAGCACGGGACCCCGCAGGCAUUGCACACAGCUGCUGCUGCUGCUGCUCCUCCUUCUUACCCCCCUCCCCUCCCCACCCUUCCUGGAAUUCCAGCACCUCGGAGCUCACGCUGAUAUUUAUUGAAAGGAUUUGCUUCCUGGGAAGAGUGGGGUGAAUUUGUUUGAUGGUAGGAAGAGAAGCGAGAUGAUGAUUUUUUUUGGUUGGGUGGUUUGUUUGUUUUUACUUUUGUUUGUUUUUUUGGUUUUUAUUUUUUCACUUUUUCCCUGCUCAUUGAAUAGCUGGUGUAAGAAAAGGCCCUCUUGAGAAUACAUGUUGAAGCUUUUGGUUUGUUCUGGGGAUACUGACUCUGUUGUGUGGAUUCCAUAAGUGAUUUCUAAUUUUGUUGUAAAACACAGCAAUAAUGUAAAAACAAAUGAGGUUGUUAUUAAUAAAGAAAAGCACUUACUCUAGGACAGCAGUUAGGAUAAAGGUGCAGAAGUGUCAGAAUUAGUUAAUUUUUAAUAUUUUCACUGGGGCCUGUAAUAAACUUCAUUAAGAGAAUGAAGCUUUGAAAUAGCCAUGACAUGUGUUCUAUGUCUUGUUCCCCACUUUCCCCUUAUCUGGGGACAUACAGAAAGCCUCUAUAAAUGGAGUUGUUGGGGGUUUUUUCCUAUUUUCAUGUUUUUUGCUAAUGCAACAAGAGCCUAAGCUGUGACCUCUUCCUCUUUUUGUGUUUUUUGAGCUAGGAAGGGGACAGACUAUCUAUGCAAACCCUGCAUCACACAAUCUCUGUGCUGCCAUGUUAUGAUUGGGACACCUCACCACCACCAAAAACUCCCAGUGUGCAGUUGUGUACAUCUACUUCCUGUGGCAGCUGUAGGGAGAAACAGGAAUGACUUUCUCCAGUGCAGGAGAAUUUUCUAGGAUUCUCUCAUGGUUUCUGUCUCUUCAGCAGCUGCUGUAUUCCAUGUGGCGUGUGAGUGAGGCUUGGCUUUUUAGGAGAUAGGAGCCAUAGCUGCACAGUGUUGCCACCUAAUUUUGAAUUGUGUGUUUAGGGCUUAAUGAUGCUUUGCCCUGCAUUUCCUGGCCUCCUGAUUGUUGCUUUUCUACUUCAAAGGGAACAACUUUGCCCUGUUUUAUUCCUCUGAUGACCGUGCUGCUUUGUUUGUGUGUAUGCGGUGUCUUGCCCACACACACCUGGGGAUAACCUCAGCAGUACUGUAUGUGGAAGAGGUUACAGACUAGGAAAACCAAGUAAUUUCUAUAUAGCUGGAAUAAUGGUAUUGUCUAUGUAUGCUGAAGUAACAGCUUUUCCAAGCAUUGUGUUUCUGUUAAGUAACUGUAUUUGAGAUUAUUCCUUCCCUAAUGACCAGAUCUUACUUUUUUGCUAAUUUUAUGUUCCUUUUUUUUUUUUUACCUCUUUAGUUGGAUGUCUGGUGCUUUUUGCCUUCCAGUACUGUUACAGUAUUUGAACCAAGUACAUGGAUGAGAAAUAUUGAAACAGGAUGUUUUGUAACUUUUGUCUGCCCUGUACCCCUACCUUUAAUGCUGCAUUACUGUUCCUUAUUGCCUUUUUUGUAUGAUUUUUCACAGCAGUCUUGAGUUCACAUGUUGGUCUUAAUAGUGCACCCAAUCUUUCUUCUCUUUUUUUCUUGUCUGUUUAAUAUUUUUUGUACGUGUUAAGCAUCAGUUGUUAGCAUGAUUUAUUUCCAAUAAAACCAUGCUUUUCAUGAAAGUUUUUCCUGAUGGCCUGCAGCAGAUCAGUGCUUUCUGCAUCACCAUUGCACGUCGACUUGACUUAUAAGUAGAAUGUGGAAAGAGGUUCCAAGAGUUAAUUCUGAAUAAAAGAUUUAAAACUGG